AUGUUUCAAGACGUCAAACAAGAGCCUCGCGACGAUUGUCAGUUUUUUAUAUUUCUUUUUUUUCUUGAACUUCAGGGAAAUCGUUAUUAAUCUAGCUGGCUAAUUCGCGCUUAUAACCGGCCCUUAUUAGAUUUCUAAUUUACUGCGAUUAGAUUGAAAAAUUUUCUAGUUGGACUGAGCUAGACUUUUCUCUCUAAACAUUUUCUCUCUUCUUCAAUCAUUUUCACGUUAACGACGUAAAUAAAUAACAAUAAUAAUAAUAAUAUUUCCUAAUUAGAUUGACAAAACGAAAUUUGUCUGAUUAGAUUGACAAAGAACUAAUAUUAGAUUCACAAUUCAUCUAAUUAGAUUAUCACUUUGACCGAAAACGUUUAUCUAAUUAGAUGAAUUGUGAAUCUAAUAUCAGUUCUUUAUCAAUCAAUCUAAUUAGAAAAUUUAUCCGUUUAUUUAGAAGAACUUGAAAAAAGCCAGCUAGGUUAAUAACGAGUUCCCUGAGAAUACGUCUGUUUCCUCCAAAAAAAAACGUAUUUCAGACGAAUCGGACCGGCAAACGUUUUCCAAGAAAUUCGAAACAAAUUCUGAAAGGAACGUGGAGAAAAUACGAGAUACUCUAAAAAUCACUAUCGACAACAAUCCGACAAAGAGUUGUAUGUCAAAUUUUUUAAUAUUAAGACGAAACAAACAAAUUUCAGCCGCCGAAACGACUCGAAUCAAGGAGGAGGAGAUAGGCAAUGGUUUUUUCCCAGCCAGAAGAUUUUUUCUGAAAAAUACAUUUUCAGACUAUGAACAUAGUACACUAUCGAAAGUGGGAUUCGGCGAGCGUGGUAAUUGAAUUUGAAAAAUUGCAAUUUUUCAUAUCGUUAUUUUUAGGUUUGUAUUAUCGGAACGAGGAAGCGAGCAGUAAAAGUACUGACAUUUUUUGUGCCGUAAAUUUUCAAACAAAAAACCUUGUCAGAUCCACGCGAAUUCCAUCAAGAGACACGUGACAACCCGGCAGACUGCGCGAAGUUAUUUGUUGAAGGUAAACAAUUUUCUCGUUUUUCUCACAUUCUCCAGAAGAGUUCCGUUAAUUUGAAGUAAAGCGUUUAUAAUUUUCAAAUGCGUUUGCUGUUGCAGACCACCGUGUUCGCAGAAGUUCAAAACAUGAGGAGUGUGAGACGAUCCGCCAACGACGCUACAAAAUUCAGAUCCACGUGAAGCCCAUUGACAGUGGUUAGCAGAUUUUCUGUGUGUUCUAAAUAAUCUCCUCAAUUUUCGAAACUCUCGCGCUGUUUUCGCUGAAAUGACAUAAUUUUAAAUCAUUUGUGUUCAAAACGAAUUGUUCUGACAAGGGAACCUUUUAAGUGAUAAAAGGAACCCGCCUAAACUAACGACACAGUUCGAAAGAGGGACUUUCAAAACCUAUAUUCCAGUUUUCAAAAGCUGCUUUCGAGACCUCUGAAAUGCUGAAAUGCAAGAAUGAAAUGCUGCGCGUCACCAAAAUGCGAAAUUCUCUUGCACUUUUACGGAAAUCUCAUGUUUUCAGUCGUCGAAAGAACGUCACGUUCGUCGAAAGGACAAUUGACGGAGAACGGAAGAUCUUCGAAACGCGACGAGGAUCGUCAGAAGAGAAAAGAGACGGACGACCGCGGAACGUUCCCGAAAAAGAGGAAGCCGACGUACUCGGAGAGCUCUUCGGAUCCAGAUGAGCUUCCGAUCGACGACGCGUCUCCGUCGUCAUCUCCGUUCACCCCGAACAGCAGUUGGAAGCCGCCGUCAAGUACGUUUUACACAAAAAGUGCAAAGAAACGUCACAUUUUUGCAGACAAGGAGAUUGUGAUUACGAGCAACAAACUGGCGGACGAUAAGAAUAUGAUCCGUCAUCCGAUCCCCAGCUAUUGUGCCAAUUGGGGUAAUCUCUAGGCCUCAAGAACCCCUCCAAAUAGUGUGUAUUUUUCAGUCUCGUCCCGUCUUGCCCAGUUCGCCGCCGGAACGUCGUGCCGCCUGCAACUGCUCGACCGAGAAGUCUCCAAAUAUCGAUCGAUCCGAGUGAGCGGAGAAAAUCGGUCGGAAAGGGAGAAAGUGCAGGAUCGCAUCGAUGAGUUCGUGAUCAGCAAGCAGGAGAACGACAACAAGAAGCAUAGCUUCUCCAAUCUCAAUUUCGUCCGCAUCCUCGUGCCGAUCCCGCCGAGGGCCAGAGUGGCCGUGGCGAAGUUGAUCCCAUCGAUCAAGGUGGGCGCGGGCUCCGAUUUUUGUUAAAUGUUAGAUAUCAAGUAGAAUAUUUUGGAAAUGUAAAAACAACGGAACGUUUGAAGCGCUCGCCGGUUUAGGAUGAUCUAAACAGCGAAAAUAACUAUAGCAAAUGAGCAUUUUCAUCCAAAUCUUUAGUCAAAAACGUUUAAUGUGUGCAAUUUUUCUCGCUUUCCAAUAAAAAAGCUAGUUCUCAGCUAAGGAUUCCAGCUUUAUGACAGAAAACAUGGAAAAAGUAACAUUAAAAAUACGAUUUCAGGCCGAAUGCGGUAUCGAAACGACGAGCAACGUCUGCGAAGAAGUCCCGCCGUACCUUCUGCACGGAGAGCCGGACGCCGUGCGCGCCGCCAAAAAGAUGCUGAUCGAUAAGAUCCGAACCCAGAAGAGCGUGCAAGUGAUCAUCAGGAACUCGUUAGUCGGCCCGCUGAUGGGAAACGGCUCGAAGAUUGCGAAACGGAUCCAGCGGGAGACGGGCAUCGCACUGUACUUGUACCCGGUCGCAGAGGCAGUCGGCGCCGACGCCGAAAGGACCGUCCAACUGGAGGGAACCGAUGAGCAGAUCGACGCGGCGAUGGCCGAGCUGCGGAAGAUUCCCGACAAGAAGAUCCGGAAGGACGACCCGGAAAACGUGUCGGUCGAGGUUUACCUGACGAGCGAGAAGAUCGGACGGCUUCUCGGAAAGAACGGAGUGACAAUCCGGAAUAUUGAGAAGGAAUCGGAAACGAAAUGUCAGCUGGAGCGUGCGAAAGAUCACGGCGAUCCGGCGAUUCUGAGGAUAUGCGGUCGGCCUCAGAUGGCCGAAAAAGCGCGACAUUUGGCGCUCAUCGCUGUCGGAGAACUGCCACUCGACGCGGAGUUCCGAGUCACAGGAUACGGUAGAAAUAUAUGCGUUUUUAAUUCUAAAAAUUGAGUUUCUUCAGAUAUUCCGAUCUCGAAAUCCGAGCAGAAACGAAUUGAAGAAAACCGGGAACGGAUGAAGAUGGAGAAAAGAGAAAUGGUGCGUCGGAAGUACGAGCACGUGUUGAGAAACAAGCCGCCCCCGACCGAUGAAAGUGGGAACGGAAUGAGGACGAUCGAGCAGUGGAAGAAGUUUUUUCGCGGCCAGGAAGAUUCGACCAGUGCGGAUCUCAUCGGACAAGAGUAA